GCACAUGUUUAAACAUGGCGGCCCCCGCACGAAAGACGGUCGCAGAUUCUGAAGAUUCAAGUAGCAGCGACGACGAGGAGCUUCGAAGAUGUCGGGAGGCAGUGUGGGAAGCACAACCCCUCAAGACAAAAGAUGCAGGCAGCGAUGUGAAACAAUCAAAACGAAUUGUUGUUGCGGAACAUGAACACGAUGGGAAUGAGCUCCAGGUCACUCGAGGCUUUCAAACACAUGUGGCUAAAAAGUUAGACCAUUUACUUGACAGUUUAAUUUCAGAGAAGCAGCCUGAAACUUCAACCUGUGUGGAGUUGGCAAAAUGUGGUGAUGAUGAUGAAGGAUUCCGUUUGUUUUCAACAUCAGUUCCUGGACAGGCAGCUGAAGAACCUCCAGCCCCAGUCAGACGUCGACCUAUUCCCAGCUCAAGUGAUAGCGACAGUGACAUGGAAACACGGCUGAAAGAGGCAGCGGUGUCAAUCAAAGAUCUUUUACCGGCAUUUUUACUGCCCGCGACAGAGUCAAAGGAAGAGAUUCCCAGCACAGAAAAAAGAAAGAAAAAGAAGAAGAAAAAGAAAGUAGAAGAGGGAGAGGAGAAUCAUAUUGUCAAGAAAAAGAAGAAACUGAAUCAAGAAGUGACUGAGAAGGUGGACUCAGAAUCUGCUCAUAAUGGUCAAAACAGCGGUGACCACAAUGAUUCAGACAAUGCACAAACACAGGUCAAAGUGAAAAAGAAAAAGAAGAAGAGAAAAUCAACAGAGGCAAAUACAGAGGGAGAGGUUGUGAGCUGAUUCUUUCAAGGAUAAUCUGUCAUCAGUGUAUAUAAUCAUUAAAAAUGCUGUUAUAGCAGUUAUUUUUGAAGUAGUCUUUACUCAUAAUGAAAGACAGUGAAAAAAGCAUCUCAAGGCAGUGAGUAAAAAAGCAAACAACAUGGCUUAUAACUGAAUGUACAAUUUUCUAAAUAUUACAAAAGUAAAUUUGAAUAAAAUACAUUUUCAUAUUAA